AUGGCCAACCUACGCAAAUCCACGCCCCUCUUCAUCGCCUACCCCAACCCAUCAGCCUCCUGUUCGAUCGACAGCGACCGGGCGAAACGGCGAAAGGUCGAGUGCUCGCAUCCCGCGACCCUUGAAGGCAACUGUUUGCUGUGCGGACGCGCCGUCGACGACGACGACGACGACGAUCACAGCCUCCCCUUCGGGUUCCUCCAUCCUUCUUUGAGGCUCAGCCACGAGUACGCCGACCGGAUGCGCGAGGUGAGCACCGCGGCCGCGUUAGGGUUGAAGAAGCUCCACUUGGUCCUCGACUUGGACCACACCCUCCUCCACACCGUCCGCCUCUCCGAUCUCACCCCCGAGGAGGAGGAGCGGCUCAAGCCCCAGGCCAAGCGGAACACGGAAGGUGGUCCCGCGGGCGGCGGCGGCGGCGACAUCUUCUUGGUUUGGUCGGAGACCUGCGAGGGUUUCAUCACGAAGCUGAGGCCGUUCGUGCGGGAGUUCUUGAGAGAGGCACACGAGAUGUUCCAGCUCACGGUCUACACGAUGGGUGGACGUGUGUAUUCGUCCAGGAUGACGAAGUUACUGGACCCCGAUGGGAAAUACUUUAGCGACCGAGUCAUCGCGUGGGAGGACUGCACGCUCCAAGGCCGCAAGAGCCUCGACGUGGUCCUGGCCAAAGAAUCCAACGUACUGAUCUUGGACGACACCAAGACCGUGUGGCCUGAUCACGCAGAGAACCUGAUAGCGAUCGAGCCAUAUUACUACUUCUCUCACAGGAGCGAGAAGCGGGAUGUGCACGAUGAGGACGAGCACGAUAGCAUGUUGGUGACAGCUCUUCGGGUUCUCAAGGUAAUCCACCAGCAUUUCUUCAACCCAAAGAUAGGGCUCAAGGGCGGGGACAUACGGGAGCUAUUGCAACAGUUGCAAAGCCAAUUUCGCGAUCGGUCUAGUGAUCAAGCGAUAGACGGUGAAGAUUGA